AUGAAAGCGGCGGAGAGGAUGGUGCGGGUCGUCUCGCGAGAACAGGCCCGGCUCUACAUGGUGGGCCAUCUCAAGCUCAAGUCGAACGUUUUCUCGAGCGGCGGCGAAGGUGUGGAAGAGAUCUUGAAGGACCUCAGGUGCAUCCAGGUGGACAGCUUGGAUCCGAUGGGCCUCUCGCACGAACUCGUGGUCAUGGCUCGAACCGAUGGCGUGGACCGAGGCACAAUGUUCCGCCACCUGCCCGACGGCUCCUACUUUGAACACUGGGCCAAGGAGCGGUGCAUUCUUCCGGCGUCGGCGUUUCCGUACUACCACAACAAUGCGCAGAAGAAGCACAUGACCCACUGGUGGUACCGCCGCGGGCAGGAGGCCCAGCUCGCCAAGCUCUUGGUGGCCAACAUCACCGAGUCGAGCUCCGACGACAGCGACGCGGCAGCUGCGGCCACCGCCGACGAGAAGCGGCUGCGGCGGGCCAUGAAGAAGGUGGUCAAGGAGGUCAAGGAGAAGGGACCCCAGAAGGACAAUGGCAGGUCGACGACGGGGCUGGCGCUGGAGGUGCUGUGGGGCGAGUGCCGGGUGGUGAUCACGCGGGCCAAGGGGCGCGACUCGAAGGUCAAGCUCUACUCGACCCCCGACGCCAUCUUCGCGCCCGAGGUGGUGGCCCAACUCGGCCAGCCCCUGGCCGACGACGAGUUCGCGCGGUGGGCCGUGUUGGACCGAGUGGAGGCGGCGGGGCUCCUGCCACGUACCUCCGGGCCGCACUGGUCGGUCUUCGAGAAGUUCCGCAAGGCGCCCAUCAUCGACACCCUCCUGGAUGCCGGCGACAUCGAAGAAGUGCAGAUCGAGGGCUCGCGCACGGUCUACCUGGCGCCCAAGGGCUGGACGGACCGCCAGUUCCCCGACUUUGACGACCGCAUGCGCAUCAUCGCACCCCUCGACCCGCUCGUCUGGCACCGGUACGUGUGUCCGCUGCUGUACAAGGGGCGCUUCGUGGGCCGGCUCGAGGGCAAGGUGGAGGGCGACGACCUCGUCAUUAAGAACGUGUGGAAGGAGGAGCCGCCCAAGAAGAAGCUGAAGAAGAAGACGAAGAACACGAAGACGAAGACGAAGAAGAAGACUAUGAAGGUCGAUGGUGAAGAGGGGGAGGAGAAAGAGGAAGAGUUCAACGAGGAGGCGUUUCGGGCGAUGUUGAAGAGGCACGCCGAGGCGUGUGGGGCGUCGCGGGUGGUGGUCAACGGCCGGAAGAUGACCGAUGGCGUGCCCCUGGUCUACUCGUCCCUGGGCAGCAGCAGCGGCAGCAAGUCAACGACAGCACAGAAGACGAAGAAGAAGAAGAAAGCUGUGACGCCCACGAAGAGGAAGAGGGCAGGCAAGGCCAAGCUGGAUGAGGACGAAGAAGAAGAGGAGGAGGCUUCAUUUGAUGAUGAAGAAGAUGAAGAAGAUGAAGAAGAUGAAGAAGAUGGUGAAGUGGAGGUGAAGUGCCAAAAGCGAAGUGGAGGAGAAAGGCGAAGGAGCACCAGGACGAGGACGACUGCCGUGAAGAGAAAGAAGCUGGCGGCGGUGGAAGAUGAGGAGGAAGAGGAGGAAUCAGGCAGUGAUGCAAAUGAUCCAUCCUGGGGCCAAUAA